AUGUGAACGCGGUGCUUCUCACGAGCUACAGGAGGGCGUCGCCGAAGUUGCGCUGCAGACUAGUGUGGGUGAAAGCAUGAUCUGCAGGAGGUGCUGCAGGAGAAGGAGGGAUGACUGUGUUACAUGGUGUUCAGGGGCACCAGGUGGAGGUGGAGGAUGCAGGUGAACAGGUGGAAGGGAGAGCGCACGUGACGUACUGCCUGACGCCAGCGGAGGGGGCGGGGCCAUCGUCUGGCAGGGUGGAGCCAGAGCAGGAGGAGCGAGAGCGUGCCCCGUCUACCUCCGUCGUUGCACACUGCUGUAACGCCGUUGCCAUCUGGUGCGAUGCCCCUACGACCGCCGCCUACGCGCUCAUAGGCCUAUCACGAUGCUGGUGGCAGUAUACGGUGACGUCAUCCUCUGCGGGAGACAACAUGGGUGACGCAAUGCAAGAAGGCGUGGCGACUGAGAUAAAGGGCGGGGCCAAACCUGGGGUUACCGAGGUCGGUUGGCCUCUACCAUGCAGUCUGUCCUCUCUUCUCGCCAUGAACUGCCGGGCCCGGGCGGAGGGCCUCGCUCGCCGCCUGCAAACAAGCCUUCGCGUGGGGUCAGGAGGCUCGGUGGCCCUCGAGCAGACGUCCUUGGUGACGCCGGGCCCGGAGGACCACUAUGCGUCCAUGGAGUGCCGCCAUGCCUCGCUGGACGACCCCCAGUUGGACCCGGUGGACGACCCGAACCUCCGCCCCAUUCACGUGGUGACGUCAGAGCCCUCCCUACGCCUCUGCCUCCCGUCCCCGCCCGCAUUGCCCAACGUGGCUGAGCAGGACUCGGACGUCUAUUAUGACUUCGACCGCAGCCCGGAAGACGCACCUGAGGAUGAGGAAAAGGAAUGCGAUAACGUGAUAAAAAGAUACGAGAGACCCGAGAGCGGAUGCGCUACGUCCGUCACUUCGCCUGUUAUGUUUGACGACGAGUGCGAGGACGAGGGCGAAGAGAAGCGAAAGGAUCAAGAGGAACACACUCGCUCGCCGGAGGUCAACAUGUGCACCUCGGAGGCCGAACUCCGCGUCAUGAGGCAAAUACUGACGUCCGCCUCCCUGACGGACGUCCUCUCGCCGACGGACAGGAUGCCAGAGACAGACGCCAAAGGCAUGUGUGAUGAUUCCAGCAGAUACCAAAGUGCAAACGGCACAGAAAAGUGCGUGUGUGGGACGUGCCGCUUCGAUGACGAGGGCGAGUGUGGGUGUUCCUCGGGGCACCUGGAGACCCAUUACAUUGUAACUCACACGUGGGGAGAGCCAGAAGAAUCGUGUGCAGAUGAGAUCCCAGAGGGCGCUGCUAUGCCUGGAGACAGUUACGUCUCGCUAUCAAUGCAAGGAACAUCGCCAGUAGCCAACACAGACCCACGUUGGUGCCACCCCGGGUCGGGCACUCUGCCGGCAGUGCCACAUCCACCAGCUGAUCAACGCGCGGUGGACAAAACAAAUAUAGGCAGUGGCGACAGUGAUGGUGCUGGAUGGGACAGAUAUGAUGCAAGGAGUGAUAUGUAUAGACAUAGUGAGGCGGUAAUGAUCAAGGAUAAGGGAUGGGACAAGGGCAAGAGAGAUCAGGGCAAAGAUGUGUUGGGCGACGGGGAAGGGAACACCGUGUACUUUGCGGAGGUUACAGUGACACAGUUCAGUGGUGAAGGUGAAACCGUGUGCAGUGAUGGUGAUCUAGAACACAAAGCAGAUACUGACACUGAAGGGAAAAUAAUCCUGCAAACAGCCUCAGAAACUGCCAGUGUCCCCCAGGCUAUUUCUGGCACGACACCCCCGCUCGCCGACCCUCACCUCUACACGCCCUCUGAAGGACAGCCCGCCGUCAUGGAGUCACGAGGGGAAGCUGAGGGGAGAGACGAGUUGUUUUGUAUGGACGCUGACACGGAAGAGAUUGAGACUCUCGGGGAAGAUGAGGAGAGCGACGACGAAGAGAAUGAGGAGGACAUUGACGAGGAGGUGAUUCUCACGGGAAAGUUCCGCAACAUCCGCGGAUACACGGAGCGCGUUCGACGGCUGUCAGACGACAUCGAGGACAGAAUCUCCCCCACGAGCAUCACCUACGAAGACAGCUGCUUCUGCGAGUCGCCCAAGUCCAGCAAGUCCUCGACCGCCUCGUCCGAGGUGAACGAUGGCGGCGAGGAGCUGGCCGCUCAGCUGUCACAACUCGAGGUGGAGGAUGUGGACGAUGGAGUGGGCGACGAAGAGGUGGAAGAGGAUGCCCUAACUGGCGAGCGCUCCUCCUCGGAGGAAACGGACCCAGCCCGAGUAGAAGAUUUCAAGCUGCGGAUCAAGAGGUCCUCCUCCCUGAAGUGCGGCAAAACGCCACCGGGGACACCUGGGCGCAAGAAAAUCGUGCGCUUCGCAGACAUGCUGGGCCUUGAUUUAGCUGCCGUUAGGACUUUCCUUGCGGGCGUCCCGCACGUCCCGCGCUCCGCCUUUUGGGAUCUCGAACUGGAGCGCGAGGCGGCGGAGGCGGCUAAGUCUUCAUUCGGGCAGAACAUCGUGCCCUCGCGCGUCCUCACGCCCCUGUUUCAGCAGCCGAGCUCGCAGGCCGACUUCCUGGAGCGUGUGCGGCAGCAGCGGGUGGUCGUGGAGAACAUCGAAGUGGGCGACGACCUGAGCGUGCGGGGGACGGUGCGCGUGCUCAGCCUCGAUUUCCACAAGAGCGUCUUCGUCAGGUACACCUUCGACCAGUGGCGCAAUUACCACGAGGCGACAGCCGCCUACGUCCCCGGCUCCUACGACGGCCUCACCGACCGCUUCUCCUUCCUGCUGUGGGGCAACUUCCUGCAAGACGACGGGGCUCUCAUCUUCUGCGUCCGCUACCACACGCUCGGCCAAGAGUUCUGGGACAACAACCGCGGCCGGGACUACGUGCUCCAGUGCUACAAGACGUCGGGGACGUCAGGAGUGCCAAGCAUGAUCGGCUCCAGCGUCCCUCAGAACGUCAGCAGCGUCGAGGCGCACUACAGCGGCGGCAGGAACUUCAGCUCGAGGCCCACCAACUUUAGUGACGUUUACGGCACUUCGCCAACCACUCCUAGCGACCCUUGGGCAUCCAGGUUUUUCUAGAUGAUGUGCUGACUGCAAAGGGACAGAAGGCCCGCCAGUCGCCCCAUUGCUCCUCGGGGCCCGCUCACGAACCUGCCUCUGCCAGAGAUUUUCACCGGCACUACAUCGUCACUUCACCACACAGUCACGUCACCACCACGCGCGACCCACCACGGAAUCAUGACUUCAUCGCAAACGAACUCAGCACCACAAGUCAGGCUGACUGCUGAACAUAAUACGCUUCACAGAUCGCUCGCGCUGCACACGAAUUCCCUCCUCAAAUCAAAUCCUCUACGUUAUGCUGCUGAGGCGCCGCGGUCUCCGACGCCGCCCCUCUUCCCGCCGGCGGUGCGUUGCCUCCCGCGGCCUCCUGCCGCUGGCUACUCCGCCUCGGCCUUCUUCGUGACUUCGCCUUGCUGCAGGGGCGUAGGCUGCUCCCGAGACAAGAUAUGCAUAUAUGUAAAUACGAUAGAGGGAGCAGUCUUGCUGGUUCUACAGGAUUGUUAGUUAGGCAACGGCUAAUGGUUGGUGUUGAUACGUCUGCAUUAUGUUUAUAUUUAUUUAUUUUUUCAAAACAGAUAGUCGAUUAAGAUAAUGAACAUGUUUUGGAAUAUAAUUUAGGAGUAACGAUUUCAUUCACUAAUACACAUGCACACACACACACACACACACACACACACACACACACACACACACACACACACACACACACACACACACACACACACACACACACACACACACACACACACACACACACACACACGUGUAUAUACAAGCAUAUUUAUAAUCGUAUUCAUUAUGUCUACAUGCAUAUAUUUACAUUUAUACACACUAUUGUAACUAGAGAUAUAUACCGUAUAUUUCAUUUCCCUUAUGUGAAGUCAGCGAGGGGAAAACAAGCAAGUGUCCAACACCCAUAUUAUAAAAGUGUGUCGGAAGAACUUCAAGUGCGGAUAUGAUUCUGUUUCUUCCGUUCAGAUGAGCUUACGAAGCUCUUUGGUGGAAGAGUAACUUCAUGUGCUAGCCAAAAGAGUGCCAAAGUGAUGAAAAGCUUCUCGUUCGCCUUUUUUAAUGUAAGUCGUGUUCAGAGUCCUCAUUCAAGUAAGUCAUAGAAAUUUAGAAAGUCACACACUAAAUUAAUUGCCUUAACAACUGUUUUCCAGCUGCAAAUAUCUAACACUUUCACCAAACGUAAGCAUUUCAUAAGCAAUCACAGACCUUUUAGCAACUAAUAUAGAGCAAGCACAUAAGCUGAAGGGGCAAGCGAGGAGAAGGACACAAAAGGUGACACAGGAACUCUGGGACAGCCAGUGGAAGGCAGAGGUACCGGCGUCAAGCAGUGGGGCGUAACACGUGUGAUGACGCCAGGCAGAGAGACGUCCCAAAGCCAGGUCUGACUGUCGCGACCCCAACAGGAGGAGGUCUGCCAGAUAGGAAGAGGCAGAACAUUUUGUCUGAAUGCUUGAAGUACUGAAGAGCAUCUCUUCGACCAGGAAGGCUCGAGAAUCCAGGUGGCUGUUUUAGGAAUGAAAUAUUCCCGGUAGAGGGUGUCAUGUCAUCUGAGCUUAGUGUUCACUCACGUCAUUUCGUUCGGCUUUGACCUACGACUGCCUGUAAUAUUCAGUUUGCACAACACUUUUGUCCUGUACAAAUAAAUAAAAUGAUAAUAAAUUUUAUCGGUACCCCAAUAUUUUCAGGGCGUUAACUUAUUGUUGAACAUUUAAAGUAUUAUGCAAUAGCCGUUCGGCUUCAGGUAAUUUCUAGAACAAAAACAUAAAUAUCGCCCUGUUAUUAGAGUUCUAUUAGCUAGUUCUGUAAAUAAACAUCAAGAGUCGUAACUCAAUUUUCGUGUCAAAUAUAUCGUUCAAAAUGUAUAGUAAGAGGUUAUUGUACUGCUUUAUAGAUCUGUUUGCGGUAUCGUGGGCAAAAGAUACAUUAAGUGAACCUGGUUUAACGUUGUAUAAAGUCACAAAUAUUAUUUUUGAAACUGUAUAGUAUUUUAACAUCUUGAGAUUAUGACGUCAGAAGUGUUCCUACCUCAUGGCCUUGGAGAAGCCAUUUCUCUGACGUCGACGAUCUUUUGAAGUCUAUACAACAAAUAAUUACAGUGAUUUUAUGUUACGUCACUGAUUUCGUAUUAUAGUUCUGAUGUAACAAUGGUGUUCUGACAUGGCAGCGAUAUUUUUGCGCCUAUUGCUGUGCCGCCAUUGUUUUCUGUCUCCACAUGAAUGUAUGGAGUCAUUACAAUAAUUCGAUGUAAGAUUUGACAUUACGUUUUUGUCCUGAAGUCAUAACACCAUCCAUUCGUCAGAAAUUAGUAUGCUAAUGCUGCGUCACAAUGUAUUUACUCAGUAAGUCUUACGUCGCUGCAAUGGUCUGACGUCACAACAAAGUGAAGGCGUCACUCAAAAACUUAUAUACUGUUCACAGCUGUCAAGUCACAACGUCCAGAUGUCAAACCUUCUCCUCUUCUUCAUGCUGUAAAAGGUCACUUAGAGCAAUACUUUAAUGCCAAUUCCUUGAUGAAGUUAAUGUAUACAAAAUACUCUGUUGGUUUUAAUAUAUAAGUAUGUAUAUUCAUAUAUAUAUAUAUAUAUAUAUAUAUAUAUAUA